CAACAACUUUGAAUUGACUCACAAGCAAUAGAAAUAUGCAGCAGCUGCUUGACCAAAGCUAGCUAGCGGAUUGAAGAAGUGUGUCUAAAAAUUCUCUCUCCAUGGCAAGCACUUGCAGAAUAUGUGUUCUCGUUAUAGCAACUGUAUUUUGGCUUGGUCUUAGUGCCUUCUUGCCUUUAGUUUCAUUUCGCAAACGUAGUCCAUUAAUUAAGGAGAGCCGUGGUACGUGCAUCUCGUCUGCUUGUGGUAUCAUCCACAACAUAACCAGCCCUUUUCGACUAGCCAACGAUCCAAAUCAAAGCAACUGCACAAACUGGAAUUACAACGUCUCUUGUCAAAACAACCUCACAGUAUUGGAAGUACAUUCAGGAAACUACUCAGUGCAGGCAAUCAACUACGACAACUUCACAAUCCGAGUUGUAGAUCCUGGCAUUCGCAACAAUGAUUUCUCCUCCAUCCCCCGUUAUUCGCUUUCCAUUUACAACUUAACUUUUCAUAGUGAUCUUGAAUUAGCAUCAAGAACAACACCUAUAACUUCCUUCAAGUGUGCAAAAGCCGUGAACUCGUCUGUGAUGAGAACGUAUGUCAAGCAAGGGGAUAUAACGGCAUCAGAUAUUGAGGACGGGUGCAGAAUAGAGUGGACGACUUUGAUGAGUAAUUCGUUCUUGUACGAAAAGGACGGAAACUUUUCUUAUCAUGACAUACACAGCGCACUGGGGUACGGCUUUGAGCUUUAUUUUGGCUUUCGCAGGCGGAGCUACACAGAGCACUGGUACUGGGAUAUUCACAACUGGCUGAUGCUCGGUAAGAGUUUACAUAUUCCUUUAGUGCAGAAUUGUAUUUCCUAUCAGGCAGAAGAAAAAAUAAAUGGAAGCAAAGAGGAAGGUUAUGACGCACAUAUAUAUCCAAUAAAGCAUGUCAUUUGUUCUUUUUGUGAUGUUGCUUGGCAGGUGCAUUUUUCCCAAUAAAAUCUAUAUUUGGGGUUCCAUUUCUGGCUGCUCUUCUAAUCUACAAAGAGCGAAGAAGAAUGCAUUUGUUAAUGGAUAGCAGCAUAGAAGAUUUCCUGCAAAGUGAUAACAACCUCAUUCCGAAAAGGUACACUUACUCAGAUAUUAAAAAGAUGACCAGUAGAUUCAAUGAGAAGUUGGGUGAAGGAGGUUAUGGCUCUGUAUUUAAAGGAAAGUUACGCAGUGGUCGAUUUGUAGCAGUUAAAAUGUUGGAGAAGCCUAAAGCUAAUGGACAAGAUUUCAUAAGUGAGGUUGCUACUAUUGGGAGGAUUCACCAUUUUAAUAUGGUUCAACUUGUUGGUUAUUGUGUUGAGGGAUCAAAGCGUGCCCUAAUUUAUAACUUCAUGCCAAAUGGAUCUCUUGAUAAAUACAUUUAUUGCAAAGAAGGAAGCAACCCCAUAAGUUGCAGGAAAAUGUAUGAGAUUUCUCUUGGAGUGGCUCAAGGGAUCGAAUAUCUACAUCGAGGUUGUGACAUG